AUCAGCUAGGCAUGAACUUGAAUCUGAAGGUAUUUGCGCCUGGAGGUGUCAGAACCUGGAAUCUGGAAGGCAUUCAGCGCCUCCUUGGAAACCCGCAAUGCAGCUUGGCUCAUGAUCACCGUCUCAGAGUCCUCAAAGAUCCGCAAUGCAGCACUGCUGGGCAAUUUUUGUAAUGCAGGCUGAUCUAGCUUUCAAUGGUUGACGUUGUUAGUCCCAAGCCACAUAAACAAAGACCAAAGGAAGUGAUUAGACAGCACUUAUGAUCUCAUUCUUUCACUCUUCAAAGUUGCUCGCUCUUGCAAGUCUCUACAAGCCUCCCUGAUUCAUAUACCAUAGCUGGCUUGACCAAGUACGAAACUUGCAUCGAGAAGACCCUCUCCGCCAAUUUGCCCUGACUCUUGGGAGUACCGUCUAUCAUAAUGGCUGCCAAUAUUCCAGAGACAAUGAGAGCCUGGCAGUAUAAUAAGUACGGUGGUGGCGCCACCAGCUUGGAGCAGGUCGAGAUACCCGUGCCGAAAGCUGGAAAGAACCAGAUUCUUCUGAAGAUCCAUGCAUCUUCAGUAAACCCGGUGGACUGGAAGCUUCAGACUGGGUUUGCCAAGUUGGUUAUCCGGCUCACCCUCCCCAUUACCCCAGGCCUCGACAUGGCUGGGACGGUCGCCGCUGUUGGCUCUGGCGUAACACACCUUAGCGUCGGCGACAGAGUGGCGGUACAAACUAACAUGACGAAGCAAGGUGCUCUGGCAGAGUACGCUGCCGUUGACACCAAGGCCGCAAUCGCCAAGCUGCCCCCAGAGGUGUCAUUCGAACAAGCGGCGGGCCUACCGGUCGCGGCAAGGACGGUGCUGCAGGGGCUGACCAAGGCGGGGGCGUUCCCUAAAUCGAACGGGCGGGUCCUAGUCCUGGGAGGGUCCGGAGGGGUGGGACACUAUGCCGUGCAGGUUGCCAAGGCUGCCGGUGCCCACGUGACCGCGACCGCGGGCGCGCGCAACUUCGACUUGCUCAAGAGCCUGGGCGCCGACGAGGUGCUGGACUAGAAGAACGUCGCCGAUCCCUCCAACCCCUUCCAAAGCGCGUCUAAGGAGCCGUAUGACGCCAUCCUGCACUGCACGUACAACGAGGAGCCGUGGGCCGCCUGCCGGAAGGUGCUCACAAAGAACGGCAAAAUGAUCAGCUUCAGCCCGGGGGGUGGUUACAUCAUGAGGGCGGUGCUGCAGGCUGUCACCUUUCCUAGGCAGCGCUUGAUUCCUAUGACCUGCGUUGAAAACUCCAAGGACUUGCAGACACUGGUGGGCCUUGCUGCCGAGAAGAAGCUCCGAACGGUUGUCGAUAGCACGUACUCGUUUGGUGAUGCCAGAAAGGCCUGGGAGAAAAGCAUAGAGGGACACGCGGUGGGCAAGCUGAUUGUGACUACGCAGUAAGGUGCAUGUUGCAAUCACUGCACCAAUACGGUCAGUGUGUAGCAUCGAGCAAGGUUCUAUCCAGUGCGCGCGCAAGCUUGCAGCAUCAAAUUCAAUGCCACAUUGACAUCACUAUUGUGUAGAUCGUUGCGUGUGACUUUCACAGAUCGUUGUACAUAUUGCUGCAUAGAGGUUAGCUGUAGAAAUAUACUGAGUCCGAACUCGAACAUUCUCGAUCAUAUGAUUGUUGUUGACAAAAUUGUGAUACCCGAAGCUUGAAUCUGUAAAGGCUUCAUGCAGAUUGUGG